AUGACAUCCUACAGUCAACGGAACUUCUCAAUUAGAACUCAAAUCAUGCUUCGCGAUACUGCUGCCACCAAGCCCGGCUUGACGCCAUCGUCAACCGACCAUAAAAAACUAUCGUCUAUGCCAACAUCAACAACACCAAACCUAGCUGAUUCGGAAGCUCACUUUGUACAGGCUAAGUCUCAGCUAUUGGUCUACAUGGACUUGAUCAAGUCGUUACUCGUCCAUAUCAUGAACGAAUCAUCCUCUAUACCACCAGCAGCGGAUGGCACUAGUGAGAACACUGGUGCUAUUCCCACCACCACCAUGACAAUCAACACGAACAUCACCAAUAGUAAUAGCAAUAGUCACCACCAUACCUUCUACUGUCCUCCAUCUGCCAUCAGGACAAGGCCGGUUUCCAUGAGGAGAUAUGCUUCCUACGACGAAUCAAGUACUCCAAAGUCUGGAGCUUCCAGUCCAUCACAUCCAACUACUCCAGUCAGACUACCGAAUAUAGCAGAACACGCUUACGAAAAGCUCAAGGUCUUUGAACUGGACGAUCGAGCUUAUAAUAUAAUCCAAAAUCCAUACUCGGCCUCCCCUGAUACCAACACCAGUAACGACUCCAACGCCAUUUCGUACGAUGUCAUGAUGGGUGAAAUAGCUGCUAGUCUGGCCCAUCUAGAUAAAUUAAAGGCUCGAAUUCUGGAUACAAGAUCAAAGCUGCUCGUCACAGGAGACUUGAAUGCUGGCAAAUCAACCUUCAUAAACGCUAUGCUGAAACGACAGGUCGUACCACACGACCAGCAACCAUGUACCGCCGUCUUCUGUGAGGUAAUCGACGCAAACCAGAAUCGUGGUAUAGAAGAAGUCCAUGGCAUCCACGACAUAGAACCAUACCGUGUAGACGAUCCUCACACGUAUGAACGGUUUGACUUGAAACAGCUCGAAGAGCUGGUAGAGAAUAAUACCCAAGGCUUUGGACUGCUACGAGCCUAUGUACGAGAUCGUAGAGAAUCGUCCGACUCGUUACUACAUAAUGGUCUGGUCGAUAUAUCAUUGAUCGACUCUCCUGGUCUGAACAUUGACCAGAUGAAGACCACGGCUCUCUUUUCUCGCCAAGAGGAAAUAGAUGUCAUUGUUUUCAUGGUCAAUGCUGAGAAUCACUUUACACUCUCCGCUCGAGAGUUCUUGUCGAAUGCUGGUAAAGAAAAGGCAUAUGUCUUUAUAGUCGUAAAUAGGUUUGACCAGAUCGAGAAAAAGGACAGGUGUCGUCGAGACGUCCUCGACCAGAUUCGCCAAAUAUCACCAUCAACAUACGAAGAUGCAGAAUCGCUAGUCCACUUCGUAUCUGCCAAGCAAAGGCUGAUACCGAAUCCAGAUCCAAUCCUAUUAGGCGAAUUUGAGAAACUGGAAGCUCGUCUUCGCACCUUCAUACUCGAGAAGCGAGCUCGAUCGAAACUAGCUCCAGCCAAGCAAUACAUGGUCAAUCUAUUAUCAGACAUGUAUACAUUCUCGAGUUAUACCGCAUCAAUCUUAAAGACUCGAGCAAAAAAGAUGACCGUGGAGCUAAAGCAAGCUGAACCAGCUUAUACUAGUAUGAAGGAUGUAAAGACAAAGCUCUUAGACUCUCUCGAUGUCAUGAUCGAUGCUGCUUCGGAACAAGUGCAGAAUAAUGCCACUCUGCUACUCAAGAACCUCGUAGAUUCCAUCUCACCCGAUAAUAUAGACCACCUAGUACCUCACCUCGAGUAUCCAGGCUUCCUAUACGCAUACCAGUAUGGUCGAGAACUCGUGCGAUGUGUCUUAAAACUAUCUACCGAUCAAGUUAGACGGUGCGAGAUAAAGGCACGAAAUGAUGCACUAGACAGAGCAUCAUCUGUAUAUAAUGCUGCUGCAAUGGCACUACCGAAUCUACCACCUCUAGAUGAAGAUGUCAUACGCCAGAUAUUCGAUGAGGAAGCUGGCAUGUCAACUCUAGCUGCUACUCGUGGAAAUUCCCUCGUAUUGGACUCUACGGAUUUCUUUGAGCCUAUUGCUAUAAACGAGUUGGUUAAGGAAUAUGUGCCUGGGACAAUAGCUGUUGCUUUAGGUGCUGUUGGAUAUGCUGGUAUGCAAUGGAGGAUUGCUCAUGGGCUGUUUAGAGUUGGGUCUUCUAUUGGAUUUGCUAAUACUGUUAGGAUUGGAUUCGCUGCUAUCACGGCUAGUGGUAUCGGAUACUUGGUGUAUAUGCUAAGUAGCCUGCCGAAAACCAUUGACCGUAAAAUAUCACGCAAGCUUCGCUCUCAUUUCAACCACAUCAACUUCGUCAAUACGCAUUCCGCAAGGCUAGCCAACGCCAUGCGCAAAUCCCUACGGGCAUCAUUAGGAACAUUCAAGAUACAAUUCUUGGGUAUGAUGGCUGAAUCAGAAGCCAAACAAUCUGGAUUGGAAAAGUUGAGAGAUAGUUGUGCUAGCGAAGGUGUGUGGUGGGAGAAUGUGGAGAGUAGAGUGGUUGGGAUUCGGAAGCAGGUUGAGUUUGUGAAUCUGGAUAUCUAA